GAAAAGAAUGACAAUAUUUGUUAUAGCAUUAUGAAAUCCUAAUGUUGUUUAAAGUGGAUUUAAAUGAAAUUUGAGACCAUAAGCACACAUUUGCAAAUUAAAACAGAAGAAAAAAAAGGAAAGAAAAAUAAAGUUUUUAUGAAUGAGAUCACGAGUGAAAUUGAGCAGCGGUUGGAGUUUAGUCAAUUUAAAGGAGGUUUCGGUUCGACACUAAUCAACAUUAGUUGCCGAAUCGUCGACCCUAUCUAAUGCAGUGGCGGAAGUUUACACGACUGAAAACAUCGGCUACAGGACAUUCCCGUUGCAAGGCGAUGCUUUGUUGCGGCCGUAGGAAGGACAAUGGUAGAUCAGUGCCCGAUCUCACAGCCAGUCCAGGACGUGCACCGCAUCCAGGACCAGGUCAAAUGCAAUCCAAUCAACAUAACUCAAACAUGCAGAGACAGGGCGGCGUUAAAGAGCCAGUUUUAUUACAGGGUGACUUUAGAAAAGUUUCGGGCAUUAGCUCCGAAAUUUUCCGUCAAAUCGAAGCGGUGGAAAAUGAUCACGAUCCGAGUACAGCUGCGGCAUUAGAUGCCGUUGAGCGUCGUGGAGAGAUGAUUGUACGAGUUUUAGAGCCAAGAUGUAUUGGAAGUCGACAAUCUUAUGAAUCUGCACAAAGAUUUCUAGCAAAAGCUGAUUCACGUCAUACUGUUCAGUUAGUUGAGAUUGUGAAACGUCCUGGCCAAACUCUUGGCUUAUACAUUCGAGAAGGAAAUGGAACCGAUCGAUCGGAUGGUGUUUUCAUAUCAAGAAUAGCACUAGAAUCGGCUGUUUAUAAUAGCGGAUGUCUUCGUGUUAGUGACGAGAUUCUUGCAGUUAAUUUGGUCGAUGUCACUAAAAUGUCAUUGGAUGAUGUUGUCAUUAUCAUGUCGAUACCACGUCGAUUGGUGUUGGCUAUAAGAACGCGUCGAGGCCGCUCAAAUUCACCACCACCUCUCACACGUUCCGAACAAAAACCACCUGUAGUUGUUAUAAAGCGUGAUUUGCGUGAUGAAGAUAUAAUGAUGGAUGAAACCGAUCAUGCACAUCGUUCUCGUUCAUCAAGAGAACGUCGAACGGGAGAUGGUCGAGAGAUGAGUGAAUCGAGAUCACGACUAGGAUUGGGAUUAGCCAACUACAGCCCACAGAGUGAACAAUUGGAUUUAUAUUAUAAUUCACGCUCAAAUACUGUUGAUCAGCAUACACCAAGUUGGGGUUAUAAAGCACCAGCACCGCCGUCUGUUAUCACUGAACAGCCAAAGGGUGCACAUCAGUUCCAGCCAUCGAAUGCUUAUUACCAAAAUGCUGGAACACUUGAGAGCUUAGCCGAGAGAGUUCAUUCGUUCUAUCCCGGACCAAGUCGAAGAAUGUCAGACACACGAAGUGGCGUUCCAACGAGUCAUUCGCAUCAGAAAUUUCCACGAAGUGGUUCUGCUGACAUUUUACCUCGCGUUGAAUAUUCCGAUUACUCGGCAUCGCUUGGUCGACAUUCAUUAUUGAGGUCGAGUCUCAAGUCAGGCGCUCCAAUUCCACCAAUCGCUGGUGGUACUUUGGGUCGUUACGGUCGUUACGAUCAAUCGUCGAGAAAUGCAAUAAAAUAUUCGUCGCCAGCAAGUUCAAGUGUGUCACGACACAAGCCUCCACUUGACUACUCAAGUGACACUGAAGCAACAAUAGGACGUCAAAACUAUUAUUACUACAAUCAACGACCUAAUAUAAACACAAUGGGACGACCAAGUGCAGCACAAUUAGGUAUGACGCCUGAUUUCGCUAAAUUCAAUUCAUUACCGAGAGAUCGAAAUGCUGCUGCUGCUCGAAUGAAUUUAAGAUCUCGACUUGUUGAUAGAAUCGGAAGCGAAGAUGAUGGAAAUUUAUCCGCCCCUGAAUACUCACUGCCAACAGCGCGACGUGAUAGAGAUCUUCGACGUGGAAUCUCAACAAAUCCAUCAAUCUUUACUUCCGACGAGUAUCGAGCAUGGCUAAGACGUGCACCAAGUAGUUCAGCAAUCUGCGAACAAAUGCGAGCAUCGCGUGACAUUCUUAAUCAACAGCGUGCGCAUCGUUUCUCAUGUAGCGCUGAAAAUAUUCAUGAUGCUUUAAAGAAUACGGAAAAUAUUUACAGUAAUCGAGCGCGAAUGCUUGGAACGCUUGAUCGAAAUAGCAUCGGAUUGAGUAUUCGCGGUGGUAUUGCUUCGCUUCCAGUUCGUUCAAUGUCAUCACAACAUAUUGGCGGUCCACAUUCAGCUAUUCGAUCGCCGAAUAUACGACGAAUGAGACAAUUACUUGAGUUGAGUGCUGGUGCUGGUGGAAUUCCAUCUCCAGGUAGUGUAAGUGGUCAUCAAAGUCCCGCACCAACUCCUAGUACAACCAUGCCACGCAAUCAACGUCAAAUUGACAUCAAUCCGGUUGAGUUCCAAAAAUAUAAGCUUGAGAAGCCAAUAAUGGAGUCACAAGGGUUGUCAGGUAUGCUGUGGUUCAACUUGUUAGCCGGACGUGGCUUACGCUCGACUCCUGAAGGUAUACAAAAUAACACGCAAAUUCGCGACUUGUAUUGUGUGUUAGAAUGUGAUAGAAUUCACAAGGCUCGAACGGUUGUGCGCUCCGGCGAUUUACAAUUUGACUGGGACGAGUCAUUCGAGCUUGAUUUGGUAAAUAAUAAGCAACUUGAUGUUCUUGUUUACUCAUGGGAUCCACAACAUCGGCAUAAACUUUGCUAUCGUGGCGCAAUUGCCAUUCCAACGCUUAUCAGACAAGCGCCCAUUCAUCAACUUGCACUUAAAGUUGAGCCACGUGGCACGAUAUAUUUGAGAAUGCGUUACACAGAUCCAACACAACUUUAUCGAAGACGUGGAAUUCCAACGAUUCGUGGUGGUGCAACGUCAGCUUUAUUCGGUAUUGACUUGGAAACAGUCGUUACAAGAGAAGCAAAAGGUGCACCAGGAUCAGCACCGGUUCCAAUUGUUUUAAGAAGAUGUGUUGAAGAAGUUGAGCGACGUGGUUUAGACAUCAUUGGUUUUUAUCGUCUUUGUGGAUCAGCCACAAAGAAGCGUUUGCUUCGUGAAGCAUUCGAGAGAAAUAGUCGAGCCGUUGAACUGAGUCCCGAGCAUGUUCCCGAUAUAAAUGUUAUCACCGGUGUAUUAAAAGAUUAUUUAAGAGAACUUCCAGAACCUCUGUUCACACGUUGUCUGUUCCAAAUGACUGUCGAUGCACUUGGUGUUUGUCUCCCAGAUGAUCCCGAAGGAAAUGCUAAAUUAAUGUUAAGCAUUUUGGAUUGCUUACCACGGGCUAAUCGGGCGACACUUGUUUUUCUACUCGAUCACUUAUCCCUCGUGGUAUCAGCUUCUGAACGUAAUAAAAUGUCAGCACAAGCUUUAGCAACAGCACUUGGACCUCCACUUAUGUUACAUUCAACUGGAACACAGUCUGAAGAGAUUGAUCACGCACAGCCGAUAGCUGUCUUGAAAUAUCUGCUUCAGAUUUGGCCACAACCCCAAUCAGCCGCUAAUAUUUCAGGUAAUACAGGCAUGCAUCGGCGCGGCGAGCAGCCACUAGGUCAGCGUGGAAGCAAAGUCAAUGCAUUGCCAGCGGUCAAACCACAACAGGUAGCAUCAGCCAAUAUCCCCACCUCGCUCGCUCGAACUCCGCUUUCAGCCACAGCCAACAAUCCUCAGUAUCAAUCAGUAGUGGGUCAGUUAGCUCAAUCGCAUCGAGUCUUACAGCCAGUGGCGCAAACGUCCCUCCAGUUGGGAGUAUCAUCGGCCUCAUCGGUUCAAGGCCCAUUGCUUCGGCAGCAGCCCGCCACACCCUCCCCAAGCUCUAGUUCGGGUACAACAUCUGACGGUUCUGGAUCAGGUACUGAAACAAUCAAGCGAGGCGCUUCACCUCCUACAAGCAUUUCUGAAACAAAUGUUCGCAUCAAAGAAUCGACAAGCAACAAUUCAUUUAAACAAACGACGACACAUGAUCAAAAUUCAGCAUCAUCAUCACUAGUAAGCAACAAACAUAACAAUAAAGAUGAAACAAAGAUAGCAGACAGCAGUUCAAGUGGACCAACUACUACUUCAAUUCAAUCGUAUGAUAAGCCAACAUUUUCUAAAUCCACUUUGACAACAACCGCAGCAUCAUCAUCAAGUAAUUAUAAACAUUACACAUCGAUAAAUACCACGAAAUCAUCACCUGUUGAUAAGUUUGUGAGAAAACUUGAUACAACAACAACAACACAGUCGUCAGCUGUUGCAAAAUCUGACGACAUAACGCUUUAUAAGCCGAUGACAAGCUAUAAUUUAUCUACGUCAGCAACGACGACAACUGUCAGUAGUCUCACAACAAUAACACCGAGUAGCACCACAGUUGCUCCGAAAACCGUUUGCGUCAAAACAAAUGGAUCAAAAACAGCCACAACCGUUACCAAUAACUUCAAACUACCACCAUUUCCCGUUUAUAUUCCACCAGCCAAUUUACCAUCAACCUCACAUUUAAUAUCCGAUUCUUCGGGUCUAAGUAGCAAAGCAGAAGCAUCGACGACUGCAUAUUCUUCUAAGUACAGUGAUUCACCGACAUCGUCGUCUGUGACGACUGCAUAUUCAACUACACUUAGUCGACUUUCAAGUUCAUCAUCGUCACCAUCUAGAACAAUAAAUAAUGUUAAUAAUACAAAUACAUUACCGUUACAUUUAGGUAGAAAUAAUCCAUACUUAUAUCAAUCAGAAUCAAAUUUUACUAACUCUAAUGUAACUUCAACAACAACUGCAACAACAACAUCUAAUAAUCCAUCAACGGGAAGCUACACGAGUCCAGUGACGUCAUAUUUAAGUCAACAAUCGAAUUAUAAUAAUGUUUAUAGCACUUUGCCCCGAACAACUAGCUCAUCAUACAGUAGCAAGUAUGAUUCUAAUAAUGACAAUGAUAAAUUAACCGCAAGCUAUUCGUCUUAUAAAUACAGUACUGACCUUUAUUCUAAUCUCACAUCAACGACAAAUAAUGCAUCAAAUAAUGGAACAUCGACUUAUACAAGUAGCUCAUCUGAUAGUAAUGUGUAUAGAGUGCAAUAUUCAGCGACUAAUCCAUUCUUAGAUCCUUUAGAUUCAAGUCCCUCAACAACGGCCGCCGGUUCAGACAAUAUGAGUUCAUUUUUAAGAGGUAGCGUUUCAGAAACGAAAAAGAAAUUUGAGAAACUUGACAGUGGAGAAGAUUUGAAGUAA